GAAGUAGGAUUGGUGUUCAAACAUCACGUUCCAGAGAGUUCUCUCAGUCGCAUCAAAUUUACAGAUAUUCGCGCUUACUUCGCCGACAGUACUUGACAACACCAGUGUUUUAGUAUUUGACUUAUACAGUCCACCUGUGUGAACCACAACCAUGGUGUGUAUUCCCUGCAUUGUGAUUCCUGUCCUGUUGUGGGUCUAUAAGAGGUUCCUGGAACCCAUCAUCUAUCCUGUUAUUUCACCCUUCAUUAAUGCGUUCUGGAACAAAAAAGCUGUGACAGACGCAAACAGUGAUCAAAAAGGCAGUGAAAAAAGUAAUGGGACUUACAAGCCUCAAAGCAAUGGAGAGGUGGCUGCAAAUGGAGCUACUAUUGCCGCUGAUAAGAAGACAGACUGAAUGCUGCCACUACUUCCUAUUAACAAAGACUACAAAUAUUCAUAUGGUAUCAUUUAGAGAAAACAUUCAGUCUUUUUCGAAUAAUGUGACUCUAAAGCUAUCGGAAGCUUGUUUUUAGUUUUUCUUUCAUCUGACUGAGGUAGCUUCAUUGUGUAUUCUGGGUUUUUUUUUAUUCCUGUGCGAAUGAAACAGAUUAAAGCACUUUAAUGAAACUAAGGAUGAAAUAAUGCUUUCAAAUACAGUAGAUGCAUAUUUAUCUCAAGCCUGACCUGCCACUUUAGCUACUCUACUUUUCUGCAGAAAUUGUUGCAGACAUCACAGCAUAGAUUCAUUUAUAGAAAUAAAAUGGUUGUUGUAAGGAUGUUACUCAUAAAACUGGCUAAAGAUUGAUCCUCUUUUUUUUUUUAAACUGAUUGUAAUCGAUUGUCCAUUUUCAAAGUGUAAAGAAAAUAAAAGUCAUUUAUAUGGAA